UUUAGUCCUUGUGGGCUUCCGUUGAUGGAGCUGGGUGCAUGGUGCAGGCAGGGCUAGUUUAGACCUGGUUCAUGAACUGAAGAGAACGUACUCUUUGUAAGAGAGUCGCAUACAUUUGGGGGAAUAUUAACCGACGAAGGUUCAGUGAUAAACUCCUGAUCAGCUAACACCUCCCUGACCCCUCCAGGCUGGGGUCAAACGGGCCACUCCGAAUAGGAUGCAGGCGCGACUGUAGAGGAUAUCUUGUCUGUCUGCAGGCGGACGCGUUGGAUCCUCUGUAGCCCUUCAUCGGUGCACAGAUGAGCGGAGAAGCAGCCGGGAGUCGGCUCCCUGUCAGUGAGCCCGUGGAGAAGGUUCAGGGGGGAAACCUCAUAGGGAGCAUCAAGACAGAAGAUACCUCUGAUGAACCACCGGCACCCUCAGAUGGACCGAUACGGGCAGCGAUGGAGGGCUCGGACCCUGCUGGAGGCACCCCAGCCGGGGCCAAAGACCAGGGCAAGGCUGCCGGUGAGCCUCCCAUGGACUGGUUUGAGCCGCUGGAGGAGGACGACGACGAUGACGGCACCAGUCCCUGCAGAAAUGAUCCAGACGAAGAAAGCCUGGCAGGAGAGAAUGAGAGCGUUGCAGGCAGCGAGAGAACUACAAAAAGAGUAUAUCAGUAUCGACGUAAGCGCUCGCAUCCGGAUGAGGGGUGGAUUGAUUGGCCGGCGCUAGGGCAAGGUUGGAAACGCAAAGAGGUUGUCCGACGCUCGGGCUCCAGCAUUGGCCAGGUCGAUGUGUAUUAUCUAAGUCCACGGGGCGAUCGAGUGAGAAGCAGAGUAGAACUAGCUACAACGCUCCAUGGAACUGACUUGACAAAUUUUGAAUACAAGACUGGGAAGUUCUACCACGGGGAUGCCCCUAGAGCUCGAGGCAGAACGAAGAAAAGGUUUCGGGAUCGGUCCUCCUCAGAGUCCAGUUGGAUGGACGGAGCUGAGACCCCAGACUCCUACCACAGGCUCACCCCGAACAUCACGCCCAAGAACUUCCAAAUCAACCAGAAGACUUUCUUCCUGAACCACUCCACAGGGGAGUCUAAACAAAGCCCCAGCUCUGAGGAAAAACAUUCAGAGGAGAAAAUCCGGCUUCCUUUCCCCUCGUCAUCUCGACCGCUCUCGCUGCCUUCGGUAAAGGGAGAAUUUGGAUCAGAGGAGAGCACUCUGGUCUGUGCAAAGUGUGGGAUUUCGUUUACAGGCACAUGGUAUGACAAACAAAGGAAGAGGCCCUGCUGUCCCUCCUGCUGGGCAACAUCGAAGUCAAUAGAGCACCCACUGAUCCGCUUCAGAAAGUGGAUUCCCUGCGGUCAAUGUGUGGGAUGUCACAACAACAUCGACUGUGGCCAGUGUGCUAACUGCAAGCAUGGACUGCAAAGCCCCGAGGCUAAAAAACGCCUGUGUCGGAAACGUAGAUGCAUAUGUCCAAUUCGCAAGCAAAGCCCAGGAAGCAGUAGUGUCACUUACAAGAGGUCUUUUGACACUACAGACACGUAUGAUGACAGUAAUGAUGUCAUGGAGUCCCAGCAUCAGAGUCUCAAAGGCAGCGACACAGAGAACUUCUCGGUCAACGUGGACCUCGAUGACGAGGAUAUGUCGACGGACGACGAUGACGAUUGGCAUAAGAAGCGGAAGCGGCGUUCCUGUGGAGAGUGUAAGGCCUGCCUGUGCAGGAAAGACUGCGGCGUGUGUGAUUUCUGCGUAGACAAACCCAAAUUCGGAGGCAGCAACAAGAAAAGACAGAAGUGUCGUCUACGGCAGUGUCAGAGGCAAGCGAUGAGACAUUUGCUGCCCUUCCAGAUGGCAGCAGGUGAGUAUGGGCCAGAUGGCUCAUCGAUGCCGGGCCGCCCCAGACCUCACUACACAUACAGCCGGAAGCCCAGCUUGAAGAGAAACCUAGACCACCAGGCCGACAUGGACUUCACUGAUGAUGAUGACGACGAUGAUGACGACAGCAAUUCACAACCGAUGAACUGGGGCUUCGACCCUUCGAGACAGACCCAUCAAUCCUUAGACGUGGAUGUCAGAAACCACCAUUCUACGCAGUUGAAUCAUUCCAACUUUGGGGUGCGGAACGGCGUGCCGGAUCGAUUUCCUCACAUCAGCAAUCAUAACUACUCCCAACCAGACCAUCAUAGUCGGUGGGAUAGAGAAAAAUCACACGCAGGCAGAGACGCUCCCAGGACUAUGGAAGAAGAGGAGGACGAGUUACCCAUGAUUACACAGAUCUUCAGUUUGGCCGAUAAUCCAUCUGAAAGUGGUGUAGACCUAGAAAACCAGCUGGUGAAACUACUCCACUCCUUACGCUCCUCCGUUCUGCCAAUCCUCUGGUAUGCCAUUAUAGUGGAGGGCCCACGGCUGCAACUCAUCCAGUGUUCGAAGCAGUCCAUCAUGGCCGACACCACGGUGUUAAUCGACCCAGGCUUCUGCUACCAGGUCACUGUUCAAAAGCAACCGCUGCUACCUUCUCAUCAGCUGUAUGAAAUACACCCGUCGCGCUUAAGUACUGCAACAGAUGUGGUCAGCCUGCUGUUGUCUCUGGAGAGGUACGUCGUGUGCCAAGGACUUCCCCCAAAAGAAACGGCCUUCAGCAAAGGCCCCAUCAUACUGGAGCGGGCAGCAACGUGUGAUUUCUUGGUCAAGAAGAAUGAGCGAAUUUGUUCGAGCUGCAGAGCUCUACAGGGACGUAACAUUCAUCACAAAGACUGAGAACGGUCACCCUCACAGAGCGGGGGACUUUUCUUUUGGAGUUUUGUGCCGUUUUCCUGUUUUGUUUUGGUUUUUUCGUUUUCUGCACAAUGGUGAUAUUGUAUAGUAAAUGACAUUUGACAGACUUACCUCUGGACUGUGACAUUAUGUUUUGCCUAUUUGAAAAUCACCAAAGGAAUUCCAGGAGCCGAGUAUAAUUCUUUUUCCACAUUUUUAUCACACUGGUAUUGCCCCCCCCCCACAGGAAUGAUUCAGUGUUUUGUGAGUGUGUUGUCCUUUAUUUUUACAUGCUGCAAAUGUCUUGAAAAAUGUCCCCUUCUAUUACAUAUUUACAUAAUCAGUGAUCUAAUUUCUUUUAAAGUACUUCCAUGAAUUGCUAGUAGCAGAUAUUGUCUCUGGCAACCUAGGCCUUUGCUACACGAGUGUAUAAAAAGUAAAGGAGUCUGUAAGAAAAUUAGUCUGCAAAUUGGACCGUUUUUGUAAUUCUUAGGGGUGUAGAUGAACACUAUUUCUGUUGCACCUAUUUCUUUAUUUUUUUUGAUGACUCAAGGUCAGUUCGCCCCUUCACCAGCUCCUACCCACCCAUUACCAUUUUGCUCUGACCUGCUUCCAUUGUGUAUCGACGUACCUAAUCAUUGUGUGAGAGUUUAUCAUGCAGUCGUUUAGCAUUUUCUUUUGAUUUUGGAGCUAAGCAAUUAUGAAAACCGUUUUGACACUUUGUCACAGUCGGUCGCAGAAAAUGACUUCAAAUCCUUUUGUUGUCGCAAAGGGUACGAAUUCAGACGGUUUUCGGUACGAAACGUCCCGUGGCGAACGCCGAUCAGAGUCGCAAACAACGACCAGCACGCAUUCCCUGUCGCGUGGCAUUUUUUCUUUUCUGAUUCCUUCUGUUUGUUGAGCUGUUUCAUAAGUCUGUCGUUUGAGAUUUCCUCAACACACAAUUUGUUUGCCUGUAUGCAGUGAAAUGGAGAAAGCAAAUGCGAGGUCAGAAGAACACUUGAAAAUUCACCAAACAGAAAUGUGUAAUACCCGUAGCAGGUUGACGAUGAAUGAGUUACUCCUGAAAGAUAACCAGACACUACCUCUCCAUAUUACUAUCUGACCUGAAAACAGGGUGGGGCUUUGAAGGCGCUGUUGUUGCGUCACAAUAAAUGUACUCUGCUGUCACAUUUAAACGGAAGGGGGAAGAGUUUGUCUUCAGCAGUGCUCAUGAACCACUCGUACCUUAUUUUGAAGAUUAUAAUUUGGAGGGGCUCUGGCAGAUGUUUUUGCACAAAGGAAAGCAUAACAUCAUACACUGAGCACAUUUUAAUUGUUCUGAGGGUCUCUCUACUUUCUGUGUGUGUGUGUGUAUGUGUGUGUGUGUAUGCUCCAGAAUGAUGCCCUUAAGUGAAAGUGCUGUUGGAGUCCAGUCAUCAGACAGAUGAUUCCAUUUAAAACGUAUAGCUUAUUUAAUUAUUUUCCCCUUAUUUGUGUUCAAGAGUAGUGCGGUGAUGAUUUGAAAUUAUUUAAUUAAAUUGAAACCGUCUAUAAUUUUUUAUUUUUUCAGUGUAAAUGUGUUUGUUUGUUUUUUCUCCUGCCCCUGUCCUCUCCCUUGGGAUGUUUGCAGAAUAACGCAGAGUUUUUGCCAAUGUGAAACUUUAUCAAUUUCCAACAUCUACAUGUAUUUUGGUUAACUUGUUUUCUUGAGUUAUUUGUACAUUUGAUGCAUUACAAUUUGAUUGUAAUUUUGACUUUGCAUUAAAGCUAAUUUCAAGAGUUGGA